GUGUGUAAAGCCCCAUUCACUUCCUCUCGGCUCAAUUUCUUUCUUUUUCUAUAAUCAUGGCUUCACUGAAAUGCACCAGCCAUGUUUGCUAAUUUCAAACCUAAAGGUUAGCGGCUCCCUGUCCAUUAUUUACAUCAACGAUACCCCUUUCAACUGUAUAUUCCUUCAACUGAAAGCUUAAAGGUGCUGUUAUUUUUCACCGGGGGUAACUUUUGGGAUCGGAUUUAUUUUUAAUUAAAUUUUUGGGGGACAAACUUUUGGUGUGUGUGUGGUUGCUAGUGCUGCUGUUUCAAAAUUUCUUCAGUGCAGGAGGAAAACAAUGUGAGUUUAUUAAACAAAAGAGAAGCAUCCAACUUGCUCAUCGAAAAAGCAGAAUUUAAGGCCCGAUUUGAAGACGACUUAUGAAUUUAUGACGAUAUGGAAGCAAAUAACCAUUAUAACUAUUCUGGGCACUCUUCUAUGUCUGCAUCCUCAGGACUGAAGCGUUCCUCGGGGGAGACUCUUUAUACAAACGGAUCCACCAUGAGCUUCCCUCAGCAGGGGAAAAAUCUGAACGGCGAGAUGAAUGUCAAUGGCAUCACUACUGCAAUUGGUACCAGUGGGUCCGGAUCUCUGCCCUCGACAGCCUACUCCUUAAUGGGCAACCAUCACCAGCCCAACCUGGGCUACGACUAUCUGUGGGACUUGGCUCAGUACCCCUCGGCAAUGGGUGGCGGGACGCACCAUAAGGACAGCCCCGCGGGGGUGGCGACUCAGCAACACUUCCAAGGGCACGGACAGUACCAACUCAACGGAGGCGUGGGGAUGCGUCAGCCCCCGAACACAGCAGCCAUCCCCGGCAGAGUUGGGCAGCAGUUCUGGGGCGGCAACGCCACAAACAGCCAGCAGCAGAACUCCUCCCCCUCCUCUCUGAUGAAUUUCAACUCCCACGGCAUGUACGCUGCUUACCAGAGCCAGCCCCAUGCACCCACACCCCAGCAGCAUCAGCACUAUGGCAUGGUGCCCAAUGGACUUCCAUACUACACUGUCUCCCAGCCCCAGCCCCAGCCCCAGAUGAUGCCUGCUGCUGUGCAGACCUUCGCCUCCUCACAGCAUAGUCCUCAGCAGCAGCAGCAGCAGCGUGUUAACAUUAAUAACAUUAACAGCAUCAGUAACUCAUUACCUUCACAGGCACCACCUGCUGUGGCAGUCAGUCCCCCAGUGACUGGAACCCCUGAAAACAGAGCCGUGUCAAUCGGUGACUCCACUGUCGGUGCCAGCCAGCCACUGGUGGGACCAGAGCACUUGAAUGAUGUGUAUGAGGAGGCCAACAGUUAUAACGGGAUGGAAAAGAAAGCAGCUGCAGCCAGCCCCUGUGCAGAACCGGAAGCGUUUUUACCUGAGCCAGCCCUGGAGAAGCCUUUGAAUGACUCCUCUGUGAUCGAUGAUUCCCUCAACUCCACCAGCGAUAACAUGGCGUCUGUACACUCUUCAUCUGAAAAGGACCCAGAUUCGGACAGCGAAUACGAGCAGGAUGCGUCUGCUGUGGACACCUCUCCACAGAAAGACUCUUCCUGUGUCCACGGGAUGGAGGAUAGCGAUGACCCCUCUCUCAUUCACAGCCCUUCCCUGGACGAUUCCAACUCCUUCAACGGCACUGCAGACUCCGCCUCUUUCAAUGCAAUGGCUGACUCCGCCUCCUUCAAUGCCAAUGCAGAUUCCGCCUCCUUCAAUGCAAUGGCUGACUCCGCCUCCUUCAAUGCCAAUGCAGACUCCGCCUCCUUCAAUGUGAUGGCUGACUCCGUCUCCUUCAACGACACUGCAGACUCCGCCUCCUUCAACGCGAUGGCUGACGACUCCAGCAUGCACUCCACGUCCAUCUUCAACACCACCACUUCAUCUCCGGUUAAUAAUUCCCAGUAUGAGUCUGAUGGCGAUUCCGAAGGGGAAGAGGAGACCGGAGAGAUGGAGGGGGAGGAGAAUGACUGCGAGGAGACUGGCGAGAUGGAGGGGCAGGAGAAUGACUGCGAGGAGACUGGCGAGAUGGAGGGGCAGGAGAAUGACUGCGAGGAGACUGGAGAGAUGGAAGAGGACUGUGAUGAAACAGCAGAGACAGAGGAGGACUGCGACGAGGCAGCUGAGGAAGAGGAGGAGCGGGAGGAUUGUGACGAGACGGCAGACUCUCCCCUUGAGCCCACACCUGAGAUCAACGUGUCUGAGAAAGAGCCUGUCCAGCCCAGCCCCUCCCCUGCCCCCUCCCCUCUGCACAUCAAAGAGGAAGAGGAGGGGGAAGGGGAGGACACACCCAAUGGAAGGGGUGCUAGGAGGAGAAUAGCAUCGGAGCAGGAAGUGCGGAUCCCUCUUCUAUAUGGGUGGAGAAGAGAGAUCCGGAUUAAGAAAAGUGCGACUCGAUUGAAAGGAGAGACUUGGUACUACGCUCCCUGUGGAAAGAGAAUGAAGCAGUUUCCUGAAGUCAUUAAGUACCUCAACAGACAUCAGACCCAGGCUGUGACCAGGGAUCACUUCAGCUUCAGUCCCCGAAUGCCAGUGGGAGACUACUUUGAGGAGCGAGAAACUCCAGAGGGUCUGGAGUGGUUCCAGUUAACUAACGAAGAGAUCCCAUCCAUGAUCCAGGCGAUCACUGGCAAGCGUGGCCGACCCCGCAACCUGGACAAGGAGAAGCCCAAAUCCAGGGCCAAACCCAGGCAGCGCAAGAGCAGAGGCAGGCCGGCCAAAACCAACAUGGUGGAUCUGCUUAGCAAAGUGGACGCCAGGCUGCUCAAGAAGCUGGAGGCACAGGAAACCCUGAGCGACGAAGACAAAGUGAAACUCGGCAAGAUCAAAAAGAAAAUGAAAAGAAAGGCCAGGGACAAAAGAAAACAAGAUGCCAAAACUGCUAAGUUAAAGCAAGAACAGAAAAAGGAAAAGCAGGAAAAAGCAAAAGAAAAAAAGGAGAAGGCGGCAGCGGAGAAAGCUGCAGCGCUGGAGUCGGGGAGCGAGCCCCCUGUGAAGAAGAGGAGGCAGCGCAAACGCAAAGCAGACAAGAUCAAAGAGGAGGAGGAGGCGGCGGCGGCAGCCAAGGAGAAAGAGAAAGACAAAGGAAAGGCCAAGGUGAAGGCUGCCCGCAAGGUGGUGGACAAGAAGGUGCUGGCUCAGAGGAGACAGGAAGAGCGCAAGAGACAGCAGCUCAUCCUGGAGGAACUGAAGAAACCCACAGAGGACAUGUGCAUCACAGACCACCAGCCUCUGCCAGAGUUUUCCCGGAUCCCAGGCCUGGUCAUGUCGGGCCGUGCCUUCUCCGACUGCCUGAUGAUCGUGGAGUUCCUGCACAGCUACGGGAAGGUGCUGGGCUUUGACGUAGCCCGGGACAUCCCCACCCUCAGCACCCUGCAGGAAGGGCUCCUCAACGUGGGAGACAGCCUGGGCGAGGUCCAGGAUCUGCUGGUGAAGCUUGUGCAGGCUGCACUGCACGACCCUGGCCUACCUCAGUAUUACCAGUCUGUGAAAAUCCUUGGGGAGAAGCUGUCGGAGAUCCAGCUGAACCGGAGCAGCGUCUCUGAAGGGCUGCGCAUCUUCUUGGAGGGGUGCGGGUUUGAGCCGGAAAUCUGCGACAGCCUGCAGAGCAAACCCUUCCAGGUGCAUCCUCCGGAGAAGAAGGCAGCCAUCCUGGCCUUCCUGGUGAACGAGUUGAACGGCAGCAACACCGUGAUCAGUGAAAUAGACAAGACACUGGAGAACAUGUCUGCUUACCGGAAGAACAAGUGGAUCAUUGAAGGCAAACUGCGCAGGCUGAAAAUGGCACUGGCGAAGAAGACGGGGCGCUCGGAGCUGGAGCUCAGCCUGGAGGAGCGGCGGCGCAGUGCCCGUGUUGCCGAGGAGGAGACCCUGGACAUGGAGGAGGGAGUCCUGCAGGAGAGGGGGGCCCGCAGAGCGCACAAGGAGGAGGCCAAGCUCAGCGAGGGUGACAGCCCAUCCACAGCCAGUGUCCCUGAACUGGAGAGACAGAUAGAUAAGCUAACAAAGCGGCAGGUUUUCUUCCGGAAGAAGCUGUUGCACUCCUCCCAGUCCCUGCGCGCCUUGUCCCUGGGCCAGGACCGGUAUCGCAGGCGCUACUGGGUCCUCCCACACAUAGGGGGCGUGCUAGUGGAGGGGCCUGAGGAAAUUCAAGCUUCUGAGGAACCUUUCAUGAAAGAAGAGUCUCUCCGAAUCACAGUCCCAGUGAUGUCCCCUGUGAAGAAAGAGCCCAAACCGGAGGUCAGCCCCCCUCCCCCUCCCCCUCCUCCUCUUCUCAUCGACACUCCUGAUCUGGAAGCCCCCUCGCUAAUGAACAGCCCCAGGGCUCGGGGGCGCCCCCGGAAGAUCAAACCCGAGGUGGAGCUGCACCUCAAGAGUGCCCGGCGGCGAAGGCGGAGCAGCAAAGCCACGCUGACCAAUGGCCUUCCAGAAGAGUCUCUGGACUUGCCCAAUCACAGCCAACAAGACCUCAACCAAUCGGCAUUCCUGUCCUGGCUCAGCCAGACCCAGGGCUCUCUGCAGAACGGGACGGAUCGGAACUCCUCUGAGCUCGACAGCUCCGCUCACACAGACAGUGUUAAAGAGGCUGCCGAGAAGCAGGGACAGUGGUUCAACCUGCUGCCCAAGACUCCCUGCGAGGUUUCCAGCUCUGACCCGCACACACCUUCCAAAGACAUGCUUCCACGCUCCCCCCUGACCAAGCAGACCCGUCCUCGCGCACAGUCGACGGGUGCUCUCACGGGCGUAAAGCCCGCAGCCCUGCUCACUUCCCCUCAAGUCUCUUCCACGCCGGCCCAGCGGCCCCAGAGGAGGAGGAGGUCCAGUCCUGGCUGUGCUGCCCUCCCCCUCGAAGGACCCCUGGGCUUCUCCCUGCCAGGCCUGCAGAAACGGAGAGGACGGCCGCCCACCAAGUUCCUCAAACAGGUGGAGCAGAAAUACUUCACCCAGCUCAUAGCCCAGCCCAUCCCAUAUGAGAUGACGAGGGGCUGGUGGUGGAUCAAGGACCCAGAAGAGUUGAAGGCCCUCCUUCAGGUGCUUCACCCCCGAGGGAUCCGGGAGAAAGCCCUGCACAAGCACCUCUCCAAACACCUGGAAUACCUCUCCGAAGUUUGCACCCGGCCGAAGAAUGACCCGAUUUUCCAGUUCAUUCCAGAUGAGGCCAGCCCAGUAUCUCAGGAGACCUUACAGAAAUGGUCUAUAACCCAGAGGGCACUUGAAACUGACCUGAGUGUCCUGCAGUGGGUUGAGGACCUGGAGCAAAGGGUCUUGGCGGCUGACCUGCAGCUCAAGAUGGUACCCAACUGCAGAGGGAUCGACAAUGAAAAUUGUGCGGAAAAUGCUGUCUCUGGAACUAAGGGUUGGACCUGUCCGGACCCAGACUCUACCCGGGAGGAUCUGGUGUACUUUGAGCACCCGGUGGACCCUCUCGAUGACUGGAUCAUCAAGACCAAGAAGGAGCUGUGCGAGUGCCUGCGUGUGCCCACCCACCCCCUCGACCUGGCAGUGCAGCGGCUAGCCAACCUGGAACACAACAUCGAGCGGCGCUACCUGAAAGAGCCGCUGUGGAACCUCAACGAGGUCAUCGCCGACAAGGGGACCCCGCCUCCUCCGCCCAGCGUGGAGGACGGGACAGACAGCGCCUCGGGAACACAGGGUGUUGAGAGUGAGAUCACCCCUCGUCUGCGGCUGUGGCGCCAGGCUCUGGAUAGGUGUCGGAGUGGAGCCCAGGUCUCCCUCUGCAUCCAACAGCUGGAGAGAGCCAUCGCCUGGGAACGCUCCAUUGUCAAAGUGACGUGUCUGGUGUGCAGGAAAGGGGACAAUGACGAAUACCUCCUGCUGUGCGACGGCUGUGACCGCGGCUGCCACAUGUACUGCUUGCGCCCCAAAAUCACAGACAUCCCCGAGGGAGACUGGUUCUGUCCUGUCUGCGUCUCCAAGGUGAACGGUGGGACCCCUCGUAAGAAGCGCUCCCCGAAGCAGUCCCAGCGCGGGCGGAAGAGACGGGGGUACAGCGGGAGGUACGAGUCGUCGGACAGCUCCGAGGAAGAGGAUGAGAGCCCCAGGGGGAGGGGCAUGCAGACUCGGAGGAGGGACCCCCCCACGCUCGCACACUCCCGAUUCUCAGGGGACAACGGCCUCUCUCCAGCCAAGCGCCGGAGGAUGACCACCCGCAACCAGCCCGACCUGGCCUUCUGCGAGAUCAUUCUGAUGGAGAUGGAGUCUCAUGAUGACGCCUGGCCCUUCCUGGAGCCGGUGAACCCCAGACUGGUCCCGGGGUACCGCAAGAUCAUCAAGAACCCCAUGGACUUCCUUAGCAUGCGGGAGAAGCUGCUCCACGGAGGAUACUGCAGCUGUGAGGAAUUCUCAGAGGACGCCCAGCUGGUGUUUGAUAACUGCCAGCUCUUCAACGAAGACACUUCCGAGGUAGGCAUGGCCGGACACUCCAUGAGGAAAUUCUUUGAAAACCGCUGGGACGAGUUUUAUCAGGCAAAGAAGUAAGACUGGGUGAAGAAGAGGCAUGAAAGAGGUCAGAGGCAACGCUCCCUCCCCUCCCUCCUGAAGAGAUCCUCUCCAGGGAGGACGCAGGCGUUGAAGGUUGCCUCUGUACUACGACGACUACUAUUACUACUGCUAAGACUACUGCUGGAGGCCGCAGCUGGUUUUCAGACCGUGUAUAAAAAGGAAAGUUCUCAGUUUUGGUUUUUACAUUUUUCCCUGCUGUGGGUCAACUCUGAUGUAGCCCAUGGCAGUUUUGAAAAAAUCUGGGAACUACAAACCAAAAAAUAAAGUAGAUUUUUGUUUUGAUAUAUAUAUUAUAAAUAAGAAGAAAAAAAAAUAGCUGCGAAUAUUUAAUAGCAAUAGAUGAUAGUGAAUGUGUACAGACCACAUAUUAGUCAUGUCUCCUAGAAAAUGCAUUAAAUGGCCAGUAAAACUAACUUUUUUUUUUUUUUGUUUGUUUGUUUUGUUUCACAAAACCAUGCUGCUUUCCUUGUAAUUCACGGAUGGUGCCGAGAUGGCAAAGAUCCUCCCUGUUGUUUUGGAAAACAAACCAGGCCUGUGCCUGACAGAAGCGUGUGUUCGGCUCAGACUUCUGUGUUCAGUGCAACACUGUUUUAUCAUUCUAUUUCAAGGGGGUGAAAUGCAAAACCGAUAUUUUCAAAGGCAUUUGCAGAGACUGACACUGAUGUGUGUGUGUAGGUCUGUCUCUGGGAGUGAGAAAAUAAACUCUGCUCUGAGGGUGCUCUGUUGUAGCUUUUUUAGAAUUAAAAUGUUUGGAUGUUUCAUAUGUUGAGAUUUUGUAACAAGCCUACAGCUUCAGUGGAGAUUUCUUUGGGCUGAUCAGCCCAUGUGUUCAUUAAGUCAUUGUAAGCAGUUCAAAGGCAUCUUACCUUUUAAACUUGAACUUGUGUGUGUUGCUGUCUGAUUAUGACCAAUAUUACACAUACAGAACCCCUCCCAGUAUAUCUAGUACUGUUUGAGAUCUCAAGGCUGGGGUUUGCUACCUCAACAUAAAAAUACAAUUUUAAGAUGGCUACAAAAAAAACCCUUGUGCAGAUUCUUGAAGAAAAUGUUGAGUUUGUUUUGAGGUGUUGUGUAACACUAUCGCUACAGAAAUACAGCUUGUGAUUUCAAUAUGAAAUUGAUAUUUUGCCCGGUUUUAAAGUUCAACACCCCUUAUCCACAAAAUAUUAACUAACAAUACUUGCUUAAGAAACAGUAGCCCCUUAAAUUAACUUCUGAUGUAAUUAAUGUAGCAGCCUGCCAAGAAGGAUGAGACAACUUUUAAAUGAUAUUCUGUUUUAUAUAUAGGUCAAGUGUCAUUACUAGAGGGGUUUAAACGUGCUAGAGGCUGGCUGUUUAACUCUUUACCCCUCCGAAAAGCCAACUAUCAACUGGUCAAUAUUUUAACUCAAGUUACACACGGUGCAUAAUCUAGAACAUGGCACUGUUAACCAGCAUGCUGUGGGGACAAAAUACUGGAACAAAACUAGAGUGGAGCCGAAACCCACCUUGUCCUGCCUGUGAGGUGGUGUUUAAAAUAACCACAUGCCUGUAGGAAUGGUUUUAAUAUUCUGCCCAGGGACUGAUCCAGCUCUGGUUAUCACGCCUGUGGAAAUCUGCUCAUGGCCAGAUGGAACCUGCCACCACAUAGCAGUUUCAUUGACCCAUCGAUUAGACCCGGGGUGUCUAAAUGUAAUCUUCCAGACCUCUCGAAUCUUGACUAUUCAGCUGCCAACUCAGUUUAGCCAUUCCAGACAGCGAUGGUGAGGGUGGGGUCCAUUUCCAUUUCCACAGCUCACACAGGAGAGUUGGUUCUGACUGGGAACAGCAGUCAUUCGAGUAGGAUUUUAACUGGGGCUGGUUUAAGACCACCACAGUUACAAGCAGCUGUGCUGUAAUCUUGUGCCGUUUCUUCCAGGUUGAGUUGAGGGCAUUGUAACCUUAACAUGUUGCUAUGGCACUUUUUCAGUUGGCCGAUUUUACAGAUAUAAAGGUCUGUCUCUCCUUCUCUGAAGUUUUAGUGAUGGAUCAGAUGUAGACUUAAGGUUUUCUUUUUUUUUUUCUCCCAAUAAACUGGUACAAGUGUGAUGACGCACUGCAACUACAUGAUUUAAACUCCAUUUUGAAGUUGUAAUGUGAUCUUAAAGUCAGUGAGAACAAGAUCUACAAAGAAAGGGAUGGGAAACGAAAGAAAUGCAAUGUUCCUUUUGACACGAAACGGGACGAAUACUUUUCUACAACCAAAAUGUGGUGUUUUAGUGAAUAAUUUGUAAUAAUGUACAGGUUUUUUUUGUGACUUUAAAUUUAUUCCUUUCUAUAUUUUUUAGGACCAAUAUAUCAUUUUUAAAAGGAGGUGUUAAAUAAGUCUCUGAAACAUGUUGUACUGAUGUGAUGUAACACUUGUGCAUCUCUGUAGAAUGUACUGUGAGUUGAAUAAACCACAUCUAGUUGAG